AUGGCGCCCGCCCCUUCCAUCCUCUCUCACCCUACUCUCGCUUACCAGCCCUUUUCCACAAUCUACAAGCUCUACCGCCUCGCCACCAUUCUUCUCCGGUUUCCUUUGUGGCUCGUCAAAGCCCUGAUCCCCUCGCUCCGGCCCCUCCCAACAUGGACCUUCAAACAAACUCUCGCCCGCAACAUCGCCUACAACAUGGUCCACACAGACGCAACCCUAAGCAUCACCAAACCCCUCUCCCUCGCGCCAGGCAAAGAAGGACCCCGCUGGACAACCAUCCACCCCCCGUCCGAUGAACAGCAGCAGCAGCAGCAGCAGCAGCUCUACACCGGCCCCAUGGCCAGCACCACGAUCCACCCAGCCGUCAUAGGCGGGACCUGGUACAGCACCAAGACGACCGCCGCGGCCCCCACAGGCCCAGACUCGGUCCCAAAAACCUGGACGAAAAUCGCCCUCCACUUCCACGGCGGCGCCUUUGUCCUCGGCGACGGCCGCCAGGACGCCACAGGGUUCCUGGGCAACCUCCUCACCCGCCACGCAGGCUUUGACGCCGUGUUCGCGCCGCAGUACCGCCUGGCCGGGUACGGAGGCCGCGAUCCGUUCCCUGCGGCGCUGCAGGACUGCCUCACUGCGUAUCUGUACCUGGUGCGGACGCUGGGCGUGGCGCCGGCCCGCAUCACCGUCUCUGGGGACAGCGCGGGCGGGAACCUGGCUGUGGGCCUGCUGCGGUAUCUGGAGAGGUAUGGAGAGGGUGGUGGGGCGGGGUCCUUGCUGCCUCUGCCCGGGGCGGUGGUGCUCCUGAGUCCCUGGGUGAACCCUUCUGCUGCGGAGCUCACGGACUAUGAGGGCUGGGGGCUCAUGCGGACGGAUUAUCUGCCGCGGGCGUUCCUCGUGUGGGGGUACAGGGCUUACAUCCGGCAGGCUGCCUCUGCUGAGGGGAUCAGCGAGUGGGUCGACCCUCUGGGCCACCCGUUUGUUACGCAAGUGCCGGUGUUUGUCAGCUGGGCGGGGGGUGAGGUCCUGGGUGUGGACUGCGCGAGGUGGGCGGCCGAGAUGAGGGAGAAGAGGGGCGGUGCUGGGGGGGAUGGUGGGUGGCGGUUUGAGGUGAAUGUGGAGGAAGGGGGCGCGCCGCAUGAUACGCUGCUGGCGGGGGAUGUUCUUGGGUGGGAGAAGAGUGCGGAGGAGGUGGCUCGUAAGAUUAGGAGGUUUUGUGGAGGGGAGACGCUCGUAAGAUGAAGAGGUGUGUGUGUGGAUGAAGGAGGAAGGAGGAAGUAGGAAAGGAGAAGAGGGAAUACGCUGUAGAUUGAUGGUGUCUCAUGUCUUUGUAAGUAAGUAAUUCUGGGCAUGGGCUUUUCAAUCUUUCGAUAAAAGUUUGUCC